AUGGUUAUUGUCUUAAUCAGAAUCUCCGACGGCUCUGCUUCUAGCCCGGAAAAUUCUGCUGUGGACAGUACUCGGAGGGCGAAUGUAGAUGCCAAGCACACCGUCCUCAGCACCGUCUGCUUCAUUCUUCCCUUCCAUCCACGCAGCCCCCACUCUCCUCCGCCUUCUGGCGACACCGUUACUCCUACACCUGCAACUCCUCCACCGUCCUCCAGCAUGGGCGCCAGCAGCAGCAACGUUAUCAUCAACGGUGGCAAUGAUGGUGACGGGCACUACUUUACCCCUGCCAUCGGCAGGCCAAGUGACCCACAACCCCACGCGGGGGAGAUGGUCCAGACCGGCCAACCUCCGGAUUUGAGCGGUACGGACGACAGAGGCACCGAUGCCGCCAGCUCUCUCAGCUCGCCCUCUACGUCAUCCCUCAAUCAUGCGCCGACAGCAACGAAUGCUGCUUCUGCUGCAUCCAGCCCAGGCCCCGGCACCGUCGAUGUACGUUCGCCGACCACGCCAACACAGACGCCAUCGUCGGCGCCAUCGCCAUCACCAUCGACACUGCCGGCCCUGGGGACGGCCCUGGUGGGUCCCCCUUCGCUGCAACGGUCCCGGCCUCCUACCCCUCGUCUCUCUGGUCUCGGAGACCCUGGGCUCGGAGACCCUGGGCUCGGUCUCGGACGCGCCGACCUGGACCAGGCCAUCCCCGCCGCUACCCUGCCAUGGAUGGCCGACACGAUAUCUUCCCAGGCCAUGGCCGUACACCCCGAGCCCGCACCAUCACCACCACGCAAAGACGUCGACGCCCCUCCGGCCGAGCAGGCGACCGCGACGCCCACAACGGCCGAGGCCUCGGACAAGGCCUCGGACAAGACCGACAGCCUCAGAGUCGCCACCCAGUCGCAGCACGAGUCUAGCGUCUACGGCGAAGGAAUCCUCCCGUCGUCGCCCAUCAUCUACGAUGAGGUCCCCAACCUCUCGAACCCGUAUUCCGGGAGCGAUUCGUCCGCGUACGAACAGGCGGCCGCAUUCCAGCGCUUGCUUCGGACCGACAUCAGACCUCCUUUUGACCCCGGAAUGUACGGCCACGUCAAGAGCACCAGGAAUGGACGUACCCUUGACGGUCGCGACUCGGCCGACGUCCGGCCACAGCCUGGUGACGAGGAGAGCUACAAGGCAUGGAGCGGCAAAGUCCAAGACCUCUGGCGCAGCCUCCACGCCGAGCGCCACCAGGCAAGCGAGAUCAAAAGAAAGAUGAAGAACAAGCGCACUGUGCUAGAGGCGCUACGCCUCAAGAUGAACAGGGCAGACAAUGACCUCAUGAACAGCGUCCGUCCGGUGCUGACGCUGCGGACCGAGCUACAGGACCUCGACGCAGGCUACAUAGAGCUGGAGGAUGCCCUGGAGGAGAAGGAGGCCGAGUUGGCGUCGGUGGAGUCUCGCUUCUUCAACCUCCUCAAGAACCCGGAUGUUUACGACUACGACCAGGACAAGCCGAGCUCUGAUCAGGCGAGUGGCGACGAAUCAGCGUCGGCCAAGUGUGACAGGCUACCGCCCGAGCUCCUGGGCAUAUCCCCGCAUAGGCCGGUCGAUGAGGUACACCCCCUCUUCUCGAAACUAGUGCUAGAGGUGGCCACGUUGAAGGUCGUAGAGGAGGCGGUCGAUGACAUGGCGGAGAAGAAGAAGAAUAGCGACGAGGUGGUCGGCAUCCGGAAAUCUCUGGGCGUCAGCAUACCAGACGGGCUCGACGAAUUCGUGGCCAACUACCCGGUGCACAUGGCCACCAAGAGAUCCGAGAUGGCGCGUAUCCAGCAUCGCAUCCGCCACUUCCACCAGCUAUGCGAGGCCAGGGAGCUCGUGCCGAGGCACAUCUCGGUCCAGGUGGCCAUGGCGCUGCACAUACCCACCGACGUCGGCGAAGUCCCCCUCCCGAACGAGGUGGCCAUGCCCGCAGACGGCAUCAUGCCCGCCCACCCCGUCUUCGGCAGGCUCCUCUCGCGGCCCAGCCACCUCCUCUCGGAGCCGGAUCCGCUCACGCCACAGCAGGCCCUCGACAAGGCCAGGGCCCUCGAGGUCGGCAGUGUGACCCCCGCCGAGAAGGCUCGCAGGGUCAACCUCGCCCGCAAGGAGGUGGAUAUCGACGAGCUGGUCAACAGGCGCGUGCUGCGCGAGGACGAGGACAUGGCCGGCUUCAUCGACCGUUGGCUACUCUUCAGCCUGCGAACCUCGGUGCUGGAAGCCAUCGUGUUGCUGUCGACCAUCCUAUCCGAGCCGGGCGCCGGCACCGUCCCGCAGUGGCAGCUCGCCGUGCUGACCAGAUGGUACACUGACGGCGCCACCAACUUCCUGAGGGAGUACAUGGCUGCCGACAACGUUUUCGCGUUCCACCCCACUCCCGGUAGCGGCAACGGCGGCGACGCCAGCAACAGCAAGGUCCGCGACGACGACGGCGGCAGCAGCAGCAGCAACAAGGUCCGCGACGACGACGGCGGCAGUAGCAGCAGUAACGGCAAGGUCCGCGAAAACGGACAGCACGACCAGAAGCCCGCUUCCAGCAGGGCCAGCAGGCCCAAGACCGCCUCGGGAGGCAACGGGAGACUGCUGUUCCCCAGGCGUAUCGGCGUCAGCCGCCACCGACAACGUCGCAACAACUUCGACGCUUACGCUCAUAGGCAAACCCCACGCCGCGGCAACUCCAUGUAUGUUGGCAAUAAGACGGGGUUGGCUAUCGGACAAGGGGCUUUCUAG